AUGUCCGUCAUAGAUCCUUAUCAACACAUUGUGGUGGAGCACCAGUAUUCACACAUAUUCACUGUGACAGUAAGGAAAGCCACCAAUGUCACAAAAGGAGCGAUUGGUGACAUGCUUGACACUCCAGAUCCUUAUGUGGAGUUGUUCAUUCCAUCUGCCCCUGACUGCAGGAAGAGAACGAAACAUUUCAAUAACGAUGUGAAUCCCAUCUGGAACGAGACCUUUGAGUUCAUUUUGGACCCCAACCAAGAGAAUGUUCUCGAGGUUACUUUGAUGGAUGCCAACUACGUUAUGGAUGAGACUCUUGGCACGUCCGCAUUUCCUAUAUCUUCUCUGAAACUGGGAGAGAAGAAGGAGGUCCAGUUAACGUUCAAUGAGGUCACAGAAAUGACUCUGGAAUUGUCUCUUGAAGUGUGCUCUUCGACUGAUCUCCGNNNCAGCAUGGCUCUGUGCGAUGAGGAGAAGAGGUUUUGGCAGCAGAGAAAAGACAAUAUCAUGCACAGCAUGAAAUCAUUCCUAGGAGAGGAAAACAGCAAGAGCUUGACCACUUCCCGUGAUGUACCAGUGAUAGCGAUACUGGGGUCAGGAGGUGGAUUUCGUGCCAUGGUGGGGUUUGCUGGAGUCAUGAAAGCACUUUAUGAAUCAGGAAUUUUAGACUGCGCGACUUACAUUGCUGGGCUCUCAGGAUCCACAUGGUACAUGUCAACUUUGUACUCACACCUGGAUUUUCCAGAAAAAGGACCAAAGGAGAUUAAUCAAGAGUUGAUGAACUCUGUGAGUCACAACCCACUUCUGCUGCUCACUCCUCAGAAAGUCAAACGCUACAUUGAAGCACUGUGGAAUAAGAAGAGCUCCGGCCAGCCUGUCACCUUCACCGACAUCUUUGGCAUGCUGAUAGGUGAAACCCUUAUCCAUGAUAGAAUGGACACCACUCUGAGUGACAUGAAGGAGAAAAUCGAUAAUGCGCAGUGUGCUCUCCCACUCUUCACGUGUCUCCAUGUCAAACCAGACGUCUCCGAGCUGAUGUUUGCAGAUUGGGUGGAAUUCAGUCCGUAUGAGAUUGGCAUGGCAAAGUACGGCACUUUCAUGUCUCCCGAUUUGUUUGGAAGCAAAUUUUUUAUGGGGACAGUGGUGAAGAAGUAUAGUGAAAAUCCCUUGCAUUUCUUGAUGGGCGUCUGGGGCAGCGCGUUUUCUAAAUUGUUUAACAGAGUCCUUGGCGUCUCCAAUUCUCAAAAUAAAGGUCCCACCAUGGAGGAAGAAUUAGAAAAUAUUAGGCUAAAGCACCUUGUAAGCAAUGACAGUUCAGACAGUGAAGAUGAAUCACAGCAUCCAAAAGGCACUGAAAAUGCCGAGGCAAAUCAAGAAUAUCAGAACAGCAGCCAAGAAAGCUGGGUGCAGCGGAUGCUGAUGGCUUUGGUGGGCGACAGUGCCCUCUUCAACACGAGGGAAGGGCGUGCCGGGAAGGUGCACAACUUCAUGCUGGGGUUGAACCUCAACAGCUGCUACCCGCUCUCCCCGCUGGCAGACCUGCUGACCCAGGAGUCCGUGGAGGAAGAUGAGCUGGAUGCGGCUGUGGCAGAUCCUGAUGAGUUUGAGAGGAUAUAUGAGCCGCUAGAUGUGAAGAGCAAGAAGAUUCAUAUAGUGGACAGUGGGCUCACCUUUAACCUGCCGUACCCGCUUAUCUUAAGACCUCAGAGAGGCGUCGAUCUCAUCAUCUCGUUUGAUUUUUCAGCAAGGCCAAGUGAUUCCAGUCCUCCUUUCAAAGAAAUUUUGCUUGCUGAAAAGUGGGCCAAAAUGAACAAGCUUCCUUUCCCGAAAAUAGACCCCAACGUGUUUGAUCGAGAGGGCAUGAAGGAGUGCUAUGUUUUCAAACCGAAGGAUACGUCUUCAGAGAAGGACUGUCCAACCAUCAUCCAUUUUGUUUUGGCCAACAUCAACUUCCGGAAGUACAGAGCUCCAGGCAUUCUGAGAGAAACUCAGGAAGAGAAGGAUUUUGCAGACUUUGACAUUUUUGAUGAUCCGAAUACACCGUUCUCCACCUUCAACUUCCAGUAUCCCAACGAGGCUUUCAAGAGGCUUCAUGACCUCAUGGAGUUCAACACCCUCAAUAACAUCGACGUUAUCAAGCAAGCUAUGAUGGAAAGCAUCGAGUACAGAAAAGAGAACCCGUCUCGCUGCUCCGUGUCUCUGAGCAGUGUUGAAGCAAGGAGGUUCUUUAACAAGAACAAUCUGAACAACAACCCUACGUAGACGGUGUGGCGCAGGUCCGCUCCGCCCGGAAGCCGGCUCUGUCUCUGUAACUGGAGUCGAAAAGACGUUACCGGAGCAGCGCUGCU